AAUUUAAUUUUACGUUUUCAAAAAAUUUUGAAAGUAAAUAAACCGAAUGAUAUUAAUAUAAACCCUAUAACCUAAAAUAAUCUUAAUUUUAAAUAGAUUGUCGAAAAUCCAGAACUUCCAGAGCAUAUGGUGGAGUCCUACACCUUCAAGUUUGAAUAUAACCGAGAAGAUCAUGACAAUAUGACUAAUUUUUCCGUGUGCCAAAACGAUAAUGAAAACCCUUUUUUCAGUAAAAAUUUCAGUAAGGAGGAAAUAAAAUCCUCGACCAUACAAAUGCUGAGGUCGCUGUUAAUGUUAAGCCAAACUCUUCCUCCCUUACCGAUCAACCGAUACUUGUCUAUGUACUUAUUUUAUUACGACGAGUACACACCGAGUGACUACCAGCCAAAAUACUUUAAGGAUUGCCAGUUAACAACGAGCGCAUUUGAAAAGCACGCGACAACCUUGAAGAUUGGUGAAACUUAUACCCCAAACUUUGGGGUGAAACUUCGUUAUGAAACAGACUAUCAAACGGAUAGCCCAAAGGAUAGGGAAUCUUUAGAAAGAUUGAACAAAAAGGCUUUUGGAAACACCUCUGAAAUAUCUUCCAUUACCCGAGAAACAGAAGAGCUAUCUUUUGUCGAUAACGUAAUGAAUAAACCAAAAAAAAGUGCAGAGAAUGUUUCUUCCCCGGAACCCUUAAGAUUUAACAAAUCCGCAAGACUUGCGGAUUGUAUAUGCAAGACAACAUCGGUAUUUCUUUAUGUUGCUUAA